AUGAUUGAUAUUCAGUUACCAAUAAAAAGUAAACAAAAAUUAAUUCAACAAUUUCAAGAUGAAUUGAAUAAUGGUAAUGUUGACAAUAUAUGUUUAGCUGUUAUUGAUCAUAAUACAAGUCAAACGACUAUUAUUUUUCCAAUCGAUGAGCUUACUGAACUAUUGCAUGCAUAUGGCAUUCCAGUACUUAUCGAUGGAGCACAUGGACCUGGUCAAGUGAAUCCUUAUCUCUCACUCGCUAAGCUCAAAUGUGAUUUUUAUAUUGGAACAUAUCAUAAAUGGAUGUAUGCAGUCAGAGGCUGUUCGUUUCUUUUUAUUCGUGAUUUAUCUAUUGCUAAUCAAAUUCAACCUGCGAAUACAACAUGGGGUUAUCGUUCACGAGCUUUUCAACUUGAUAAUAUGACACAUUUCCAUUUAAAAUUUUUUCAUCAAGGUACACGUGAUGAAUCAGCUCUAUUUACUCUUCCAAAAGCAAUUGAUUUUAUUAAUUCAAUGGUUGGUGGAUUCGAACGUACUUAUGAAUAUAAUUCAAUAUUAAGUUCUCAAGCAAAAAUUAUGCUUGAACAACGAUGGAAUACACAAGGGAAAGAUCUUGUACCAAAUGACACGCAAGCACCUUAUUUUAAAAUGAUUCAAUUACCUGAUUUACGUGAAUAUAAACAGACUGAUACUGAAGCAAUUCGUCUUUUAACAGAUCUUAUUAUUUAUCAUAAUCUUAUUUCUAUGAUUCGUGGCCAGGUGGCCUGGCCUGGCAGGCCACCAGGCGCCUGCCAGGCAGCAGGCCAGGCCGGCAGCUCUGGUGUUAAUCAACAACUUUAUAUUCGUAUUGGAGUUCAAAUUUAUAAUCGUAUUGAAGAUUAUAUUUUUCUAGCUGAUACAAUUCAUAAAUUAAAAUAG